GCAAGACCCCAAGCACCGAAACUGAUGAUCCCCUAUAAAUACAGACAUCGGGGCCUAAAAAUUUCCAUGCACACAAAUAAAUCACUUGACAUAUACACAUCACACACACAUUACACCUACCAUAGUAGUAGAAAGUAGAAUCACAAGGGUCUCACCGUUCCAAGAAACCACACCAAGUAGCCAUCACUCGAAGCCCAAGUAGUGCACUAGCUAGGUACUUAGAUAGCGUGUGUUAGUAUAAGAGGAAGGAAUUGUUGAUGGAUGACAUAUCCUCCAUGGCUACGGGUAGGUACCGACGGUGGGCGGCGGCGAGCUGUGGCGCCGACCCGAGCGACCCCACGACAUGGUACGCGUGGGCGCACCGCGGCCACCGUCUCUGGGCGGCCAUGCCGGACGCCUUCUGGAUCUACAUGUACAAGGUCCACCGGUGUCCGCAGCUGAGCAGCCACGACUGGACGAGGUGCCCGUACGCGCACAACGGGGAGCGCGCCCGGCGGCGCAACCCGCGCCGCUUCUCCUACCUCGCCGUCACCUGCCCGGCGUUCCGCGAGUCGCAGCAGCACCAGCACCUGGCCCGGACGGGGGCGGCGGCGUCGUGCAUGCACGGGCUCCAGUGCCGCUACGCGCACGGCGUGUUCGAGCUGUGGCUGCACCCGGCGCGCUUCCGCACCACCAUGUGCCAGGGCGGCUUGGCGUGCCCGCGCCGGGUCUGCUUCUUCGCGCACUUCCCGGCAGAGCUAAGGGCCGAGAACGACCCCGUGCCGCUCGCCGGCCUCCCGCCGCUGCCGCCGCUCCGCGUCCCGCCGGCGCCUGAGCCCCUCUCGUUCCCGCGCCGAGUGGACCUCGCCAUGCAGGCCAUGCUGGGCAAGGUCCGCCUGUACGACGGCGAUGACGCCUCUUCGUCAUCACCAACUGCUCCUGCUGUCGCCGCUUUUGCCACGGCGACGCCGGUGCUGGCGCUGCCGCUGGCAUCGGUGCCGGACGACGACGAGGAUCCCGCCGCCGGCAAGCACGGCUCCGUUUACGGCGACUACCCGCAUUUCGACCUCAUCAGGGACAUGGUUGAUGACGAUGAGCGAGAAAGCUAG